AUGUAUCUAUCUAUUUAUCUGUCCAUCUAUACAUUUAUUUAACUAUCUAUCUAUCUAAGGGUACAUAUCCAUGGUCUACUCCAAGGAGUGCCGUUGGAAAGACAAGAUUCACGCAACACAACAUAACACCAAAGCGCCGAGUGUUUACUUACUACAGAACAGGCCCGGGAUGCGUGAGGCACCAAGAACAGCCUCGGCCAAGAGCAGUGGGGGGGGCAGUCGCCGUCGCCGGUGGGAGAUGAAGUCCAAGGAGUCGUUUGAGAAGUCACUGGCUGUGGAGAUUGACUCACCGCCAAGAAAGUCAUCCCGCCACCGAAGAGACUCCAAGUGGGAACCUUCAACAGACUCUUCCGAGGGCAGGAAUCCUUUCUUCCGGGAACAGUCCAGGUCAUCACCUCCACAGGACUUCAGCCACAAGAGUGAGAUGGGUCGCCAGGGCAGUGACUCUGAUCUCCUCUCCUCCAAGCUGUCAGCCCUGAUAGAGGAGGCCAGUGUGAAGCCCAAGGAGCUGGAGAUGACACCGCUGAAAGAAAAGAGGAGAUCGUCUUUAAGUCACUUUGAGCAGAAGCCUGAGAGAAACCCACCAGAACCUCAGUAUGUCAAGCAAGGAGGAGAGAACCUCAGGUCUGUGAAGGACAGGGACAAGGCACAGGUCCUGAAUGAUAAGUUUGAAACCAAAUCAUUGAAAGUAGCAGGAGAGACACCCAGAAAGAUGGAGGAGGGAGAGGAGAAGACAGAGCAGGUAGACUACACACCCUCAGCCCCACCCAUGUCCUCCCCUGAGAUGAGUAAGACGCUACCCACCAGGAAGAAGAAGGACCGAAGGAAAAACAACCCCAAGAUGCUGGUCGGGGAAGGCACAAGCAAGGAGUCAUAUAUCACUGUUCAGCUGCAGCAGAUGGAGGAGGAUGUCAUUGGUAAUGGGAAGGGAGAGGAGCAGUGUGUCCUGUCUGCUCCUGCCCUGCUCUUCAACACUACCAUCAACCCAGGAGGCACCAUCAGCACCAUAUACCAGGAGAAGCUGGGUGGUUUUGUCAUAGCAAGGAAUGACAUGGAGGGCAUGCAGAGGAAGAAUGAGGAGCUCCGUGAUGGUAAUGAAGCUCCCACACCAAAUUCUCAUGCCAUCUUCUUGCAGAGUGGAUUCAGGACCUUCUCCGUGCUGUGCCAAGGCCUGCUGGCUGGCCUCACCCUGGCACACUGCCUCAUGAUUUUCCUGCUGGAGGGUGACGCAAGCAAGCUGCCGAAGGUGUACCCCCCCACCGUGGCUCAUGUGUUCUUUGGACUUGUGCUGUUCCUCACCUCUCUGUGUCUGGUGGCAGCCUUUGACAGGUGUGACCUCAUAGGGGUAGGUGUGGUCUCCGGCCAUGGGAUCAGGAUGCCCUGGACCCCAGCAUUGUACAUCUCCUCCAUGGUGCUCUCCCUGGUGGCGGUGCGUGCCGAAAAUGUCCUCAUCAACUACACCAGUUAUGUUGAUGAAGUGGUGUCAGAAGAGAAGGCAUCAGACCUUGUGGACUGGUGGCGGUGGAUGUGUGUGGCACGGACCUCCCUGGCAGUGUUGGCGUGGCUGGCAGUGGUGCCAGAUCCCCACACUGACGCCCUGCUUGAUGCACUCCAGCACAGCCACAACAAGUAGUGCCAUGUUCAUCACAGCCCCGCUCUGCCCGGCUCACUGUGUUAGGUCAGAGUCAUGCCAGGGCUAGCAAAUGGUGUCUCUUACCCACUGAAUGAUAAACUGGUAGUUUGUUGGUGAGGAUAAAUUAUAGAUAGAGAUGAUAGGUGGUCAUAGGCAGGUAUGUUUCACACAGGGAUUACCAUGUGUAGGCCUGCUGGCUUCUUGUAGCUUCCUUUAUGUCCUUAUUUUAUCAGUUUGAUUUAUAUACAAAAACUUUUCUUGUGUUUGCAAUAUUCCAGAAUUUUUUAUUCAUCAUUGAUCUCAUUUACAGUACAAAAUACAUCAAUUUAUUUAUUUAUUUUUUUCUUGCUGUAUGCUAUUCUAAGAAGUGUCUCGAUUAGAAUGUCUUCAUUAUAAAUGUAUAUAUAAUUUUUACUUCCAAGCAUUUCUUUGAUGUUGAAGGAUUCAAGAAAUACUUAUUGAGUCUGAAUCAUCAGCAGCAUCAGUAAUUCAGCUUUCAGUACAAAGAUAGUAUUGUUUAUUGUGGAUGCCUUUUUCUCAAAUUAUCUGUCUCAUUUUGCUGAAAGAACCAUUAACACAACAAUCAUCCUUAGU